GAAUAUAGAGCCAGAUUCACAUCAAGGCUUUCUCCCUUUUCUUCCAGAUUCCUCUCAAGAUGUCUACUGUACAUGAAAUUUUAUCGAAGCUCACCCUCGAGGGAGACCGCGCUAUCCCUCCCAGUGCUUACGCCACAGUCAAGGCGUACGGGAAUUUUGACGCCGAUCGAGAUGCUGCAGCCCUCGAAACCGCCAUCAAGACUAAAGGUGUGGACGAGGUGACCAUCGUCAACAUUUUGACAAACCGCAACAGUGAGCAGCGGCAGGACAUCGCCUUUGCCUACCAGAGGAGGACUAAGAAGGAACUGGCUGCCGCUCUGAAAUCCGCUCUGUCUGGCCACCUCGAGACCGUCAUCCUGGGCCUCUUGAAGACACCGGCUCAGUACGAUGCUUCGGAGCUGAAGGCGUCCAUGAAGGGUCUGGGAACGGAUGAAGACACGCUGAUCGAGGUCAUCUGCUCGCGGUCAAACCAGGAGCUUCGUGAAAUCAACAGAGUCUACAGGGAAAUGUACAAAACUGACCUGGAAAAAGACAUCAUCUCAGACACCUCCGGCGAUUUCCGCAAGCUGAUGGUUGCCUUGGCCAAGGGAAGGAGGAACGAGGAUGCUUCUGUGGUGGAUUAUGAGCUGAUCGACCAAGACGCCAAGGACCUGUACGAUGCUGGCGUCAAAAGGAAAGGGACCGAUGUUCCCAAGUGGAUCAACAUCAUGACGGAGAGGAGCGUCCCCCACCUUCAGAAAGUCUUCGAGAGGUACAAGAGCUACAGCCCUUACGAUAUGCUGGAGAGCAUCAAGAAGGAAGUGAAAGGGGACCUGGAAAAUGCUUUCCUGAAUCUUGUUCAGUGCAUCCAGAACAAGCAGCUGUACUUUGCUGACCGGCUGUACGACUCCAUGAAGGGCAAAGGAACCCGGGACAAGGUCUUGAUCAGGAUUAUGGUCUCCCGCUGUGAGGUUGAUAUGCUGAAAAUUAAGAGUGAAUUCAAGAGGAAAUAUGGGAAGUCUCUCUACUACUUUAUCCAGCAAGACACCAAGGGGGAUUAUCAGAGGGCGCUCCUGAACCUGUGCGGAGGCGAAGAAUGAAAUAUCGAAGGAGGAGGAAAGAGACAUUCCAGAAAGGAGCUUCCCUCGACCCCCCCACCCCUUUUACCCCCAGCUUUCUGCGCCUCUCGUUUGCAGAAUUAGUUCCUCUGGCACAGUAGCCUCGCUAAAUCAAUUCCUGUAGGCUGUCUACGCCAGACUGAUACUCUCGGCCGCUUUUCUAUAGUUCUCUUUCGUGGCUCAGCUGUUGCUUGGCUCCCUGCACCCCCCAAGUAGCUAAUCUCAGCAGAAGUUACAAAGCUGAAGAAGUUACAUUCCAAAGAGAGAGACAGAGAGAGAGAGACAGAGACAGAGACAGACAGACAGAGACAGAGAGAGGAAGGGAGGCAGGCAUACCUGCGUGAUGACAUUCUGCCUCGGUGUUAUGUUCCUGUCAAAAAUACAAAUAAAAUGGAAUUUUUACUUUAAGAGAA